AUGGCGACGGCCUUGCUCCCUCUCCCUCGCGUCUGCUCCUUAGCCGACAAAGGCGGAAGCUUCUCCUCCUCUCUUUUUCAUCCUCUCUCUUCCUCCGUCGCCUUCUCUUCCCAGCCGUUUCUCCGCCGGGAACGCCUCUCCCUCCGCAAUGCGAGGCCCUUCACCGUGAAGGCCAUGGCCCCUCCGAAGCCCGGAGGCAAAGCCAAGAAGGGUGAGGAAUUUCCCCUUCUUGGUCCCCCCGGAUUUCCCCUUCUUCAUCGUGUCUUUCGUUUGAUGGUUCGUUCCUGGGCCUCUCGGCCUCUGCAGUGGUUGGAGUGGUGAAGCUUGCCCUGGAGGCGGGGAAGGCCACUCCGGCGCCGCCUGUGGGCCCGGCGCUGGGAUCGAAGGGCGUGAAUAUCAUGGCGUUCUGCAAAGAGUACAACGCGAAGACGGCCGAGAAGGCGGGCUAUGUGAUUCCCGUCGAGAUUACCGUCUACGAUGUGAGUCCUCUUCUCGUUCUUCUUCCAGGAUCAGACGCUCAUCAUUCCUCAACAAUCCAUUUAGUUACUUCCUCUCGUGUGAGUCUAAUUCAGGCGUGUCGAACUCCGUUUCUGUGGGCAGGAUAAGAGUUUCACCUUCGUUCUUAAGACUCCACCCGCCUCGGUUCUGCUACUCAAAGCAGCAGGUACGGCCACUUCUUUGAAGGAACCGAGGACUGUUUGGUGCAUAACUUCUUUUGUGCUCCCUUCUCCUCCGAUAUUUCUCCAUGUUUCUCUAUUUCUUCGAGAGAUGGAUGUAGAAUGGGUGUGAUCCUUCUCCUGAUUAGUGGUAGCGGCGGAGAGAAAUGAAACAAGAUCAAAUAUUAUAUGUGCAGAUAGAUUCGGCUGAACAUAUCGAUUUCAUUAGAAUAUGGAAUUUCAGCCGUUUGGGUAUUACUUUUGAGCAGCAAGGAUCCAGAUUUCUCUGCACAAUACUGAAACAAAUCGAUUGGAUGAGAUGGGUUAGACAAUGUUAUGAUCUAAACUAGCGAAGAUGUUUUUUUUUCCAUGUUUCUCUAUUUCGUCGAGAGAUGGAUGUAGAUUGGGUGAGAUAUUUCUGCUGAUUAGUGGUAGCGGCGGAGAUAAAUGAAAGAAGAUCAAGUAUUACAAGUCUCGAUUUCAUUAGAAAGAAAAUGAGUGGAUGAGAUGGGUUAGAUGAUGUUAUGAUCUCCCGUUGUUAUUUCUCUUCAGAUGGAAGAACAACGGGUCCCUUGUGAUUCCUCCGGAGAGUAGUAAGAUAAUGCAUGAUAAAUGGCCUCUGUUCUUCUCCUCAUUUCCAUUCUCCUCAGACUUCGCAGUGGCAGCUGUGUAGAUUGCUUUCACUCAUGCAAAUCUCUCUCUUCUCGCUGUCGUUGUCGUCGUCGUCUGUGUGAAUUGGUCAACGAUGGGACGGAUAUUUGAUCUAGCCAGUAUACCUGAUCAGGCAGUUGCAGAGGAAUAAGGGGACCGCACCAUGGUGAUAUAACUUAGUUUGACCGGCCUAAGUUCAUGAGUCAUUCCUCAGAAAGAUGUUGCUGCUAAUUAUAUACUUAAUGGUGAUUUUUUCCUUAUUUUGUACCCAUUUUCCUUGGUCAAACCAAAUAUUAUUCUCUGGUUUGAUGAAAAAAAAGGUCAAAUUUCUUGUUUUUGACAUGAUUUUUUUAUAUUUUUAUAUUUUAACAACCUCAAGAACCCAACAAAGGUAGGUUAUGGAUUGCUUUUGAAUGAAGGAAGGGCACAGAGGGCUGAAGAUCAAGAAAGAAAAACCCUAGUUCUUCCCCGUCACUAACAGCCGGGCCUCUGUGUUUUCUGUCAAACAGGGGUUGAGAAGGGUUCUAACGAGCCGAAUCGGCAGAAGGUGGGGAAAGUGACCAUCGACCAGGUGAAGGCGAUAGCCACCGAGAAGCUCCCCGAUCUGAACUGCACGACCUUGGAGUCGGCCAUGAGGAUCAUCGCCGGCACGGCCGCCAACAUGGGCAUCGACGUCGACCCACCCAUUCUCGAACCCAAGAAGAAGGUCGUCCUGUAG